AUGUCGAUAUGUUUCUCUAGCAUCAUGGAAGCAGCUGCCGUUCGUGCUCAGUCUGAGUUCAACCUUGUGCUCACAUCCCAAAAGGCGAACGCGCAAGUGCACUCCUACGUCUCCACAAAUGGCACCUCCAAAAUCCUGUCUUCCGCCAUGCUCCAUCGGCUUCAAGCAUCCGCAAACGACCACCAGGUCACGAGUUGGCGGCGGCGACUCACAACACCACACAAUCUCGGGAAUGCGGAUGCCAAAUCCCAAAUGCAAAAACCAAUCUCCCCAAUUUCUCGGGAAAGAAGAGGGAGGCACGACCGAUACACAGCAGACCGCUGCUUCUCUGUACAACGACCAACUCCAUCGCCCGCAUCAAACAUGACAAAAAAAAUUCUCUUCCAGUUCUGCUCGUGCAACAACACCACGUCCCGAUCUUCUACGGAACACACCCUCUCACAACCAAAUGACAUCGCUCGCAUCGAUGAUCAAGGACCGAGAAGAAAAAAAAACCACCACCACGUCCCUCAAAACCCUGUCACAACAUCUUCUAGCUAUGUAAUGAGCCGCGCAGAGUCCGUCGCACCAAUCUCACUCGGUGGUAUGUUCCUGGUCGUGCAGAUCUACUCAAACCCAUAUUCCUGGAAACUUAAUUUUUUCUCGCUGCAUCAAGGGUAG